GGCGAGUUUAAACGCUGGUGAACUUAGUCUCCGUUAACAAUGUAUUUUAACCUGUAAAUUACCUCCUCUGAUGUGAAAAAAAAGAACGUGCUGUGACAGAAACUAUUGCUACAACAUAAAAUGUCGGACAAAAUUCUUGUGGCUGUCCGUGUGCGGCCACUGAUUGUGAGGGAGGCAGCAGCCUCUUCCACUGUGCACUGGCAGAUUGGUUCUGAUCAAACCAUCACACAGAUAGAUUCAGCCACUCAAAAGGCCCUAUGUACUCCAUAUAAAUUUGACCGUGUGUUUGGAGCUCAGUACAGUAAUAACGAUGUGUAUACUGAGGUGGCAGAGGCCAUUGUGGAGUCUACUCUUGGUGGCUUUAAUGGUACCAUUUUUGCUUAUGGUCAGACAUCAUCUGGCAAGACAUACACAAUGAUGGGUGACAAAAUUAACCACGGAAUCAUCCCUCUGGCCAUUAAGAAUAUAUUCCGAAGCAUUGAGAACACUCCGGAUCGAGAAUACCUUAUAAGGUUGGUAUAA